CAGUUGACUUGCAACUCCGGCUCCCUCUCACACUAAACGCAACGAGAAGUUUUUCGCUCUCUUCCAAUUGGUUGCCGACUGGCGGCUCUCUUAUCACAGUAAGGUUCUCAUUCAUACCCCUGUGUACGCCUUCUAAAAAUAACUUACUGUCAUCCAUGGUACCGACAUUGAAUAGACGGGACAAUUCAUUUCAAUUGGGGAAUAAUUCAACUGAAAGAGUAGACGACUGACAACAUAACGACAGGGCCCGUUGAACACUGUUGAAGACCUCUCGACCCUCUCGGUUCUAUGAACAUGUUUCAGACCGUGCCUGACACUUCGUCUUACGUCAAGGAGGCACUGUCAGUGGUGAGUGAAGACCAGUCCCUGUUCGAGCCUCCUUACGCUGCUGCUGCCCCUCUACCCAAAACAGACAUGACUGCAUCUGGCACACAGGACUACGUCCAGCCCCACAAAAUCCACCCAUUACCCCCUCAGCAAGAGUGGAUUAACCAGCCAGUCCGAGUCAAUGUCAAGACAGAGUAUGACCAGAUCAAUGGAUCCAGCAGGGAGUCCCCAGUGGACUGCAGUGUGGGGGGUAAAUGCAAUAAGCUGGUGGGGGGCAACGACACAUCUCAGAUGAGUUACGGAAGCUACAUGGACGAGAAGAACGCUCCGCCCCCUAACAUGACCACCAAUGAGAGGAGAGUCAUCGUCCCCGCAGAUCCGUCGUUGUGGUCUCAGGAUCAUGUCCGCCAGUGGCUAGAGUGGGCCAUCAAGGAGUACGGCCUGCUGGAGAUGGACACGGCCAUGCUCCAAAACACAGACGGCAAGGAACUGUGUAAGAUGAGCAAGGACGACUUCCUCCGACUCACCACCAUGUACAACGCUGAAGUCCUGCUCUCUCAUCUCAAUUAUCUCAGAGAAAGUAGCUCAUCAUUAUCCUACAACACUCCAUCUCACAUGGAUCAGUCUCCAAGCCUGGCUGCCAAAGAAGACCCAUCAUAUGAUGCUGUACGGCGGACUGGAUGGUCGAACAACAUGCACAGUGGAAAAGGCUCGCCGGUGGUCACACAGAACGUGUCCAAGUCCACUGAACAGCCCAGACCUCAGCCAGAUCCUUACCAGAUCCUGGGGCCCACCAGCAGCCGACUGGCCAACCCAGGUUCAGGACAGAUCCAGCUGUGGCAGUUCCUGCUGGAGCUCCUGUCAGACAGCGCCAAUGCCGGCUGCAUCACCUGGGAGGGCACCAACGGAGAGUUCAAGAUGACUGACCCUGACGAGGUGGCGAGGCGCUGGGGCGAGAGGAAGAGCAAGCCCAACAUGAACUACGACAAGCUGAGCCGCGCCCUGCGAUACUACUACGACAAGAACAUCAUGACCAAGGUGCACGGCAAGCGCUACGCCUACAAGUUUGACUUCCACGGCAUCGCCCAGGCCCUGCAGCCCCACCCCACCGAGUCCUCCAUGUACAAAUACCCCUCGGACCUGGCAUACGUGCCCUCCUACCAUGCCCACCAACAGAAAGUCAACUUCAUGUCCCCACACCCUCCCUCCAUGCCCGUCACCUCUUCUAACUUCUUUGGACCCACCGCUCCAUACUGGAGCUCCCCAGGGGGCAUCUACCCCAACCACAGCGUCCCCCGCCACCCCAACUCCCAUGUGCCCUCCCACCUGGGCAGUUACUACUAAACCCCACUGCACCGUGACAUCUUCCCCCAACCUCCCCUCCCCUCCUCUCCCCAAAACCAAACCUACCAAGGCUGACUUGCACUCUCGCAAUGAAAUUAAAUCAACUGAGACCGAGAGAAAGGGGGAUUCUCCGCCUCCACCCAAAGUCUGCUCUUAACUGGCAAAAUGAAGGACACUAACUGAAGGAUUAAAAAAACUGGAUCCAAAUGAAGUACUACUUAUUUACAAGACAAUACUUUUUCCAUGUUUGUUUUCUUUUGCUGAUGUGCAUAACAGUGCGUCUGUGUUUUUUCUGCCUUUCUGUCCUCUGAAAGCUGCACCCAUGGGCCAGUUCAGAGUGCCCCCAAAAUCUGGACACGGUUGCCCACACAGACGCAGCCUUAUCAAGAGACCAUAGAGGCUCUCAUACCUACUGUGUGCCUGAUCACAGACAUGGACCCAUUCUCUGUGGGUCUCAAUCUACAUUUUCCUCAUACAGUGAAGCUCUUGCCUUGUUCCUCAUUUCAGUCUCUGGGGUCUCAGAUCCACAUCAUGUCUGUCUGUCUGAUGUUCUGUUAUCAGUUUGUCAGUCCGUCUGCAACCCUUUAUGUAUGCGGAGCAUCAUCUGGAACUGUGGAGGUAGGGCUCCAAAGAAAAGGACUUCUCAGCACUGAAUGAACAUGAAAUGUUGGCAACUGGAAUAUGCCAUUGAUUCACACUUAACUUAUCCUCCAAACUGGAAGUAGGCGAGUUGGAGACAAGAGUUGGAUGUGAAGCACUGUAGCUAUGUUUUCAGGGGGUCACACACCAGUUGACUGUUGUUACAGUAACUAUGUUUGUCCUCUUCAGCCAUUGGUUCUUUCCAUUCCCGGAUAUUUUGUUGGACCAAGUCAUUAUUAAUGUGAAUGCCCUCUGGUCCAUGGAACACAUCAUCAAUUUGACAAUCARAGUUGUUUCUAGAAGAGCUACGUGUCUCACGGUGGUCUCUCCCUCUUCUGUCCAGGCCAGUCAAGUGUCGACACAGAGUAACUUACCAUAGCACUAUGUCAUGUCAUGUCAACCCUCACCUAACUGUCUCUGUGCAUUCAUACAGUACUGCCAUUUUAAAACGUGCAUUUUCAGAUGGUUCAAGUUUUUUGUAUGAAAGAAACAAGUGUAUUUAAACAGCUGAAUCUGGACUUUGUCUCAGUACUUCUUGAAAAUAAAUGGUUUACUAAAUAAAGAACAAAACCCGUAAAGUAAGAAAGGAUGAAAACAGAGAAAUCCUCAGAUUCACGAACGCUGUGCGUUCGUCAGACAUAUUUUUUAUUAUUUUGUGAACAUCGGUCAACUAGGCAUUAAAGCAACUUACUGUAUAAAUUAUGCAGAGUUAUUUUCAUAUGUGACAGUUUUAAAAAGUCAAGAGAAUUAAUACGAGUUGACCUCGGUCAAAAAUGCAAUUUUUUAAAAGUCCGUUACUGAUAUGUAGUAUGUUCAACAUUUUUAAACGUUUUAUAUCUGUACAUUUGGGCAAUACAUUUUUACGUUUUUUAUUUUUUAUUUUUUUUAUUUGUGAACACAAGAUUUGUUCUAGUUAUUAUCAAAAACCACAAAUGCCUGCUUGAAUCAUAAUCCUAUAUCUAUAGUCCAUCUGUUAUUCUGUAUAUACCAUGGUUAUGGUUGCUUUUAAUUGUAAAAUAGGCCAACAACACUUUUCAUGUUUCAUACCGGACAGAAAUUGGCAGCUUUUGUCUGUGCCUUUAAAUUGGCCAGGUAUAUUAUGCAAAUGAGCGCAGACACCCCUAAUAUUCACAGGAAGCAUCUCUUGAAGCUCCAUUGGUUUAGUCGUUUGAACUAAAGGGAAUUUGUUAAAUUUAACAUGAAGGUAAUAAUAAAAAAUGUACCCUUUACGUCCACCUCUCAUAAAUAGUAAUGUUCAAUGAAAGGGAACUGCUACUUCAUAUAUGCAAUGUAUUUUGGAUAUUAAAUAUAUAAAUAUUAUGUAAUUUUGCAAUUAACCAUUUUAUUAUUGUUGUAAUUCCUGCCAUGUAUUAAGUAAUACUUUUUGAAAUAGGAUUUUUUUGGGACAAAAUAAAAGUUUUUACUUCUGGACAUA